AUGGCGAGAGGUCCAGACUACAAGGUUGGAGUGGUAGACAGGAAGGUGGUGAUUUUCAAAGCGUUCCUGGAUCAAGAUGACGUUGAUCCUAUUUUCACCGAUGUUAUACGGAUGUCGGGAGAAAGUUACGACGUCCUCGUGGAUAUCGAACAUGCGAAUCCUAUCGAUUUGCAGUACGUUAAGGUGGAUUUCCCCGUAAAUGCGCUGUUCUCGAUGAGAAAUCGUGGGGAUUAUGAAGUGCAAUACGUAAUUACGUUGGAGGACACCGAGAAGUUGGCAAAGUUAAAUUUACCCGUGAAUUUUAAGAAGAAGCUGGAAAUUGAACCUGCUGUUGGAUCUAUUUUACCGAAAAAAGAAAUACUCGUUGAAGUGACAUUCACACCGAAGAUCGAAAUGACUAUUAAAGAAGCUCCGAUAUUGAAGUGUCAUUUGGUUGACACGCACAAAGAAACCAGGUUAAUCGCUGAGAUCCCUUUGAAAGUUUCCCUCGUUGCAUACUACACCAGGUUUCGAAUUUAUCCUUAUCCCGUGGUGAACUUUGGAACGUUAUCCAUAUGCACCGAGAAAACCAUGUACCUCAACAUCGAGAACACAGGAAAAUUCCCAUUAAAUUAUUUCAUUCAACUUUCGUACAGACAUCCAUCCGUGAUUUACAUGAGUAACACGACAACGGAAGAGGUUAACCGAAGGCAAAGUGUUGCGAGAAAAAGAGUCUCGAAAAAGGGAACAAAAUCUGCCAGAAGUGAAAGAACAGAGCUUCCUUUAGGACCAGAGAAACUAACGUUUGGUCCAAUAACGAUAAACAAGAUACAGGGUAACGUGAACGUUGGCGAAACAGACAGCAUCGCUAUGACUUGUCACCCAGAAUUCGUAGGUUCUCAGGAGGAGCAAAUCACAGUUAUGGUGGAAAACAGUGUUCCUGAAGAUAGAGAAGGAAAAGUAGUCACGUUGUCCGUGAAUUCUUCUGUCCCGAGUAUCGAUUUUCAGGACCUCGAUUCCAUAUUCCAGGAGAACCACGUGGUAGAUCGAAUUCAAGACUUCGAGUGUCCAAAAGAGAUUGGAGCACAUACGGUGUUCUCUCGCCAAGAAAAAUCCCUUAAUUUUCGAUACAUCAGUGUUCUCAGCACUCACACGACCUGUUUCAAGCUUCACAAUCGCGGAGUUGUCUCAGCUCGCGUGAUAGUUCAAUUCGUAGAAGAAUCUCUGUUACCGCGAACAGCGAAACGAAACACGUUCGUGAUAGAACCAGAAAUUGCACAAAUCCCUCCUAUGAGCUACAAAAUGUUCACCGUUUCUUUCACUCCGCACUCCAUAGAGACGUUUGAAGGAACACUCGAAGCAACUGUGGAUCUACCAUCUCAACUAGAGGCAGAUCAGCUAUUCAUCAAACUGAUAGGAGAAUCUUGCGUGCCGGAAGUGGCGAUUACAGAACCAGCUCAUGGAGCACGGGAAAGACCUACUUUGAACUUUGCUCGCACAUUGAUCGACGAGUGCAGUUGCAGGCAUUUCGCCGUGGAAAACGUCGGCUUCAUCAGGUCCAAAGUCAUCGUGGAAAUCGACGAGGAUCAGAGUAACGUGUUUAAUUUCUCCGCCUGUUCCGACACUCAGCCUUUGUUGCAGACCUGGGAAGGCUACUGCGAUGAGCCACACGACAAGUGCACAGUAGUUCGACUGUCGCCAGGAAACACGGCUCGCUUUAAAACCACAUUUUCCCCCAAUAAAACUGGAAAACACACGGGAAAAAUUCGUCUACACGUGGUGGACAAUCCUUACGAGAAUUUGCUGAUAAAUUUAGACGGCGAGUGUUACGUAGAGUCGAUCGUUUUGGACGGUCUGCCGCUGGAGGACACUAAACGUAGAAUCUCCACUGGCAAUCGGGACUCGCAGAGGUUGAGGAGGGUUUCUUUGAAACAGAAUUCUUUGACGUCAGCUUCCAGCAGCAUGAUUUUCGCGGUGUCUCUGACCUACAUUCUCGACUACGGCCUCUGUUUCAUUAGCAAAAUGUACAAAAAGACUUUCAAGAUUGUCAAUAAAUCCACGGACCGGUGGUUCCGUUUCCAAUGGAGCGUGCACCCCCACGUUGUGUUCGUGCCAUCCAUUGGACACAUCAAGUAUCUCACGUGCAAGGAGAUCGUUGCUACAUUCCUGGCAGCGGAACCCACGAAUCACCUGAACGUACGUAUCGAAUGCAGUUUAUUCGAAAUCAUAGUAGAAGAUCCGACCGAUGCAGCCUGGGACGACAGACAAACGGAGGUACGAUGGGAGAGGAUUCACCAUGAUCUUAUGCAUCAACUAAGCGACGCAGAUCUGUUAGCGAAGAAGAUCGUGCAACCAACUGUUGAGGCGAAGCACGAAGUUGUUCCCGGGACCAGCAAAUGCAUCCAAUUAUUAUUAAACGCCGCUGUUGCAUUCUCCGAAUACGUCUGCCAAGUUCAAGAAAUUCAUUUCAAGGAUACGUUGAUGUUUCAAACCAGAGAGUACACGUUCGCGUUAUCGAAUCCAGGCAUUGUAAAUACGUUGUUCUCGUGGAAGAUAAAUAUGGACGAGCAAUAUCCGAAGAGGAACAUCGGAGACGGUUCGAACGUGAGUUCCAAGCAGAGAACCACGGACGAAAUCCGUUCGCGACAGAAUUCGAUACCGUCCAGAGGAAUUUACUCCGCGAGAAGUGAACAUCGUCACCGAAACAUCGAAAGGGACGAAAGGAGCUCCGGAGACACUGCUAAUUUGUCGUCGCAGCAAUGUCAAUCUUUCGCCUCUGAUAGCACGGAGCCGAAAGAGAUUGGCAGCGCGAGGCGAUCGGAUCUUUUCAGUAGCACGGCAGGAUUGUCAGAGAGAACCACCGAUAGUUGGCUGGAAGGCGACGAUUUGCCUUUCGCAAUUUACCCCGAGACAGGAACGAUACCGCCUGGACAAUCCAUGGAAUGUACAUUAAAAUUCUCUCCCAAGGAUGUAUUUUAUUACAAGGCAUACCUUACGUGCAAGGUGGAAAAUCUCGAUCCUGAACGGCCAAACUGGACGAUCCAGGUCGUGGCAAGAAGCCUGCUCCCCUAUUGUCACUUCGACGUGCAGGAGAGCGACUACGUAACCAGCAACAGACGCGACCCAAAGCGACCGGGUCCCGUGGGCUACGAGAUAGACGAUCUCACUUUGUGGCAGAACAUCAGGGUAAUCGAAUUUAAAGUGGUCGGCGUUGGCGGAACUCACGUGAAAAAAUUUCAUCUGAUCAAUCCAACCUCGGACGAUUACCAUUUCUCGUGGAGGGAUCGAACGCAACACAAGACAGACGAGAUAUCGAAUUUUCAUUGUACAGUGACCGAGGGCGUAGCUGAACGCGGGAAACGAACCGACCUGGCUUUCACGUUUUUGGCAGAGGACGUCGGUGUCUUCGAAUCCUUCUGGCUCUUCUCCAUCGACAGAUACAAUCUCGAGUGCCUUUUCCUGGUCGCCGCCGUCGUAACCGAGCCCUCGGUGCACUGCCUCACGGUUCACGUGAAACUGAAGCCAACAAUCUUGGGGCACAACGUGCGAGACACGAUCAAAUUAUUGAACAACGAAGAUUUUCAUAUACCAUUUAAAGUGGCGGAAGAAUCUCUGUUUUCCGAGGGUAAAUUCCAGAAGCUCGCCGUGACUCCAGCAACUGGGAGCCUGGUAUCGAAGAGUGAACAGCAUCUCUCGGUCGAGUACCAUCCAAGCCGGGUCGGUGAAUUCCACUUUUCCAUUCAGUGCGCCGUGAAGCUGAUGAAAAGCCCCCUCACAGUCUUCGUGACCGCCUCCGUUUACGAUAUCGUGUCCUCGGUCUCCUAUUGCAUCCACGCUGGCGAAAUCGCGCGAACUUUCGAGGACAAGGAGAACGUCAUUGACCUGGGGAAGUUAAUGCUCCAAAUACCGGUCACCGUCAAGUUCGAUAUAACGAAUUCCGGUAAAGUGGCUUUCUAUUAUUCUUGGGAGAUUGGUAUGACGCCAGAAAUUGCGUAUAGAAACGCAUACAGCGUGGCAAUAUCUCAGAAACAGGGUCAUGUGACUGCUGAAGAUCGAUCUACUUGUUGUUUGACAGUAACAGUGUUUCAAAAAGUCACUAUAAAAAAUCAUUGCGUUCUUCUGAAGAUUUCUAAUGGUUCUACCUAUAAAUUCAUACUGAAGGCCUGUUCGAAAAAGCCUGCUGUCGAAUUCAAUUUCAAUCGUUACGAUUUUGGACCCUGUUACAUUCAAGAGAAGAACACAAUGUCUUAUUACACAGAACUUCAACUGACGAAUUCUGAUGACGUGCCCUUAGUAGUCGAGUGCAAGUACGAAGAACAGCCACACCUGUCCAUCGACUUGACUUCCCUCUCAGAAGCCAUAGUUCCUCGAUCCACGAUCGCUAUACCGAUCAUUUUUCGCCCUUUAAAGGAGACCACCUAUCACGAACGCCUAAUAUUCGCGAUCAACUCAGCGAACGAGAAGAAUAUAACGAUUACAGGCGAAGGUAUCUGGUACAAAGUCCGUCUGGUGAAUCCUCGCGACAAAUCUAUCGAUCUCGGCAGCGUUCCCGCCUCCAGGAGCGUCUCAAGGAAGAUCCCUAUAAUAAACGAAGGUCUGGCACCUCUAGAAUUAAAAUUCGACCUGCUGAAGAAUCUGAGCGGCUACGACGAGUAUCGCGAACGACUGGGAUUUCGUUCGCUGAAGAAAGAAGAAGCAAGCGAAUUAGCUCGAGCCUCCAUUAUGGAGACGAAACGCUCUGGGACGUUGGAUCAGAGGCUACAGACCGUAGAACCGAAACUUUCAGACGUGUUAACGAUAGAACCUUCGUCUAACGUUGUUUUGAAACCGAAUAAAAGGAUGAACGUGUCGGUCACUUUUAGACCUACGUACAGAAUGUGUCCGUUCGCUACUAAAGUGGCUCUUCAGACGUCUUCGACGAUCCUUCCGUUGUUUUUGCUACGUGGAAGCUGCGUUGGCGCGGAGUUUCGGUUAAACAGAAGCCAUAUCUCAUUUGGCACAGUUGUUCAGGAUUGUGUGGAGAAGUCCAAAGUGAUUUUGAUGAACACUGGAGAUAUUGGCUCGAGAUUCAAGUGGAACACGUCGAAUCUACCAGAUGACUUUCGGAUCAGCCCUAUGUCCGGUUACUGCUUGGCCGGUAUGGAUGUCAGUUUUAUCGUGAAGUUCCAACCUCGUGAGCAGCGCAGCUUAAUCGAGGGUGAGGCGAUAAUGGAAAUUGAGAAAUACGAAUCGUUGAGGGUGAAAAUUUUUGGAACAUGCUCGAAACUUCCGGAACCAAUUGAAACGAUCUUCUUCGAGUCGCUGGUACGAGAGAAAGAAACGAGAACUGUGAUGGUGAUGAACGAUAUGAACGUUCUUUGGAAAUUGAAGCCCGAAGUCACUGGAGAUUAUUUCUUCGUUAAUGAAAUUCUGCAAAUUCAUCCGCGGGAAUCUGCUCCGUGUGUCAUCACGUAUGGUCCACUUGUAAUGAAUACUGACGAAACGCUGCAUACUGGCACGUUAAUAUUGAAGUCAUUGGACGAAAAUAUACCCAUGCUGUAUUCCCUUCGUGGCAGAAGCUUUCCUCCAGAGGCUGCUGCAAAAAUUAGCCGUCGAUUCCCAGCAAAAAUGAAAUAUACCGAGCUUCUACCUGUUCAUAAUUGGUUAGACAGACAGGAGAGAUUCCAUUGCGAGAUCAAAUUGCUGAAAAGCGACGAUAUUCGAUCGGAGAUUCCUUUAUAUAGCUUCUUGGGUAAUGAGAGAAUCGAUAUCCCGGCCAAUAGCCAGAGAGACUAUCGUGCAGUAUUUCAUUGCUACGUGAAGUCGAAUUUUUAUUUCAAAGUGAUGUUUACCAACGAAGAAAGGGAGUAUCAAUUUUACGAGAUCGAAUAUGAAGUAACAGAGCCAGAAGUUAUAGAAUCGAUUAAAUUAGCUACCGCCGUUCGAACUCAGGUGUGUUACACCUUGAAAUUGGACAAUCCAUUGGAACACGAUACAAUAGAGUACACCGUGGAGUGUGAUUAUCCUUUUAUUACGGUGAACCAGGUGCCAAAACUUUUGGCGCCAAUGUCACACGAGUAUAUGUACAUACAGUAUCAUCCAACGUUACCAACCGAUGAAUCUGUCAUGCUGAACGUCAAUUCUGAGAAAUUAGGCACUUUUCCGUACGAAUUACGCUUGAAAGCCACCCCUGCGCCGCCAGAAAAAGUUACACGAUUGAACGCAACCUUGGGAAGCACGUGUAACUUCUCACUUCUUGUGCAUAAUUCUACGAAAGAGGAUACGAUAUUUAUUAUUCAAGUAGACAGUGAUUGUUUCACGAUUCCACAAAGAAUUUUCGUGGAAGCAUUAAGCGACAGCAAGAUCAACGUGAUUUACGAGCCUUGUGAGAUUGGAAACGUCACUGCCACAUUGACAGCGUCCUCUGACAUUGCUGGAGAAUUUGUAUUUCCUUUGAUUGGUUCUUAUUCGUUACCAAAACCAACGGGGCCUUACACAGUCACUCAGAAUUUCCCAGCAUCGAUUCCCUUCAAAAAUAUCUUCAGAGAGACGAAAACCUUCGACUUUCUCGUCGACGUUCCCGAAAUUUUUACAAUAGAAGCUCCGUCGCAGAUCUUAAAUCCUAAACAGAGUAUCGUUAUCCAGGUGAACAUCCAAGAGGACAAUCAGAACGACGAACAAUUAAUGGAAGAAAAAUAUCCCGUUACAGGAAAGUUAAUAAUCUAUUGCACAGAUCCUGUUCUUUCUCACGUUAAUUGGGUGUACUAUUUAAGAGGUGUCUUCGAAUAA